GAGUUCUGGUGAAAGUAUAUUGGAGCCCGCUGUGACCUCUCCGUUGCCACCGACAAAUCGGCUUACUAACAACUACAUCAUUGCCAUAACUUUCUCCAUUGCAGUCCCCAUCAUCAUAUUUAGUGUCCUGGCAACUAUCGUGUGCUGUACUCACAAAAGAAAACAGCGAAAAGAGAAAGAGAAAUAUGAGGAAGCAAAACAGGCCUUUCGGAAAGGCAGUGCCAGUGCAGACAUGCGCAGCGUGGUUAACUUUGUGAAUUCGGGGUCUAAAAGUGCUAUUUAUGAAUCCGUCCUAAUGUCUGACCUGCUGCCACAUGAAUCUGAGAAAGACUCGAAUGAUAAUUUAUCAGUGCAACUGGACGGGCUGCUUGCCCGGGGACAAUUUGCACAGAUAUGGAAAGGCAGUAUGGUUAAAGACGGUAUUCAGAGGCCCGUCGCGGUCAAGAUCUUUUCCCCAGACCAAUACAAAAGUUGGGCUCAAGAAACAGAAUUUUACACAGACUUAAGAGUUUCACUGAGACAUUCCCACAUUUUGGAGUACAUCACAAGUCGUGAAAAUAUAAACGGAACCCCACAACAACAUUGGAUAAUCACUGCCUACCACGAACACGGAUCACUCCGCGAUUAUCUAACGAAAUACGUCAUUUCUUGGAAUGAACUUUGCACUAUGGGUAAAACGCUGAUGUCAGGUUUAGCACAAUUGCAUUCGUACUCGACAGGGCAGGAUUAUAUUCCAAAAAUUCCUGUCGCACACAGGGAUAUGAAAAGUUCCAAUGUUUUAGUGAAAUGUGACGGGACAUGUGCUAUUGCUGACUUCGGACUGGCCAUGAAAUUGGACCCACUCACUUCAAUUGACGAACUUGCUAAUAUGGGACAGGUGGGAACACCUCGAUAUAUGUCGCCCGAGGCGCUGGACUGCAAGAUUAAUUUGGCUGAUAUUGAGUCUUUUAAACAUUGCGAUAUGUAUUCUGUUGCAUUGAUCAUAUGGGAAAUGAUGUCACGAUGUUCCAUCUCGUCAACGAUGGGAGACUAUAAACUUCCAUACAGUGAUCACGUGCCUAGCAACCCCUCGAUUGAAAUGAUGAAAGGCGUGUUGAUACGCGACAAGAGAAGACCAGACGUGCCGGCCUCAUGGAAUGAACACAAGGGGAUGCGUUCUUUGGUCGAUACAAUGGUCGAUUGUUGGGAUGACGACCCGGAUGCUCGCCUCACUGCCUCGUGCGUGGAAUUCAGAUUGGGCAAUCUUUCUAGGCUGGACGAUGCCGAUUUUGACAUAUUCGGGGAAACACGAUUAUUGGACGAAAUUGACUCAGGAAUGGCGUCGUCGACAUCACAAGUGACGUCAUCAAGGGAAUCAACUGUAAGCAGUCCUUUGCAUAAACCACGAAAAGGUCCGAGGAGCACGGCGACUACCAGACCGUCUGUGACGUCAGAAUUCAGUGACGAAAGUGGGAUGUCAGAAGUUGUAAGUCCCAGUCACCGCAGUCAGCGAUGUUAUAAAAAAUCUUUCAACUCGGAUAUAAGUGAAGAAAAUGAAAUUAUUGAACUUGUCAAUGAUGAUGAUUUGCCAAUGUUUAGACAAUCGAUACUCAUUUCUAUAGAGUAAUGUUGGGGCGUAUGUAAAUAAGUCAACUCGAAUACUGCAAAGAUUGGCGAAGGGUAAUUAUGAAAAGUUUAUAGACUCCUUGACAAAAAGGCCAGGGUGAACAUAGAAGUGCAAAAUGUCAUAUUACCAUGACAACUAUUAACAUUUCUUACAAACCCUGUUGAACUUGUAUUUAAAUUGUUUCAAACUUAGAACACUUAGAACUGCCACUGACUCUCAACUUGAACUUCAUUCCAGUCUAUGCCGGUGAAUUCAGAGAAUAUCACAGAUUCCGUUUUCAUAACAAUCGCGGCAAGUUCUCAACACACACAUGCGGCGUUACAGUUUUUUAAACGUGUUGAAUCCAAACCGUUCAUUAUAAGUGUUUUGUAACCAUGUACAGCGCCCCCUAUGAUUUAAUGUUGUUUAAAGGUGAUUGCCUGCACAAUUUGUUGAUACAAACAUCAACAUUUCCUGCCAUACCGCUGCUUAGCAGCUUUAUUUGUAGUUCGAGACAACAUUUAAAAUGUGGUUGUUGUUGUUUUUUUGAUUUUUUUUAUAGUUUUCAAUAAAAAAAUCUCUAAAAUA